UGGGAAGAUGUUCCAGGAAAACCUCCGGGUGCCAGAGGGAAGUGCGGGCGCUGCUUGAGGCUGGCAGACCCUGUGGAAGGGUCCUUGUCCUCUUCCAACCCCGCCGGAAAACGGAGUCAAACCUAGCGAUCCUCUGGAAAGGCGGAGAGGGGCAAAGACAGCAUGAUCAUGGCAGGGGGGUUGGAGCUGGAUGAUCUUUAAGCUCCCUUCCAGCCCAAUCCAUGAGUGGUUCUGUGGCUCCAUGAAGCCCGGGGGGAUCGUCAGGCGCGGAGUCAGCGUGUGGCCCCGGCGGCUGCCAUGGGGAUCCCCCGCUCCCCCCUCCCUUCUCCCUGGGGACCGAUCCGGCCGUGUCGGUGUCCCCGGGGCGGUUCUUGGGGCCGUCCCCGCUGGGGAGACUCCCCCGCCCGGGGCCCGCCCCGGCUCCGCGCUGAGGCGGCGGCGGAGCGCGGAGGGGCCACCCGGGCAUGGAGCGCUACGAGAAGCUGGGCAAGGUCGGGGAGGGCUCCUACGGAGUCGUCUUCAAGUGCCGCAACAAGGACACGGGUCAGAUUGUGGCCAUCAAGAGGUUCCUGGAGUCCGAGGAGGAUCCGGUGAUCCGGAAGAUCGCCCUGAGGGAGAUCCGUAUGCUCAAGCAACUCAAGCACCCCAACCUGGUGAACCUGCUGGAGGUGUUCAGGAGGAAGCGGCGGCUGCACCUGGUGUUGGAAUACUGCGAGCACACGGUGCUGCACGAGCUGGACAAGCACCCCCGCGGGGUGCCAGAGUACCUGGUGAAGAGCAUAACCUGGCAGACCCUGCAGGCUGUGAACUUCUGCCAUAAACACAAUUGCAUCCACCGGGAUGUAAAGCCAGAGAACAUCCUGAUAACAAAGCACUCGGUCAUCAAACUCUGCGAUUUUGGAUUUGCUCGAAUCCUGACCGGUCCCAGUGACUACUACACCGACUACGUGGCCACCAGGUGGUACCGCUCCCCGGAGCUGCUGGUGGGGGACACCCAGUACGGCCCGCCCGUGGACGUGUGGGCCAUCGGCUGCGUGUUCGCCGAGCUGCUCUCGGGGGUGCCCCUGUGGCCCGGCAAGUCGGACGUGGACCAGCUGUACCUGAUCCGCAGAACCCUGGGUGAGCGUCCCCUGCAGCACCGGAGCCUGCCCAGGAGCGAGUGGGGAGCAGCCAGGGGGGAUUUACCCAGCAGAUCUCUCCCUUUAGAAGGGGAUCUCAUUCCCAGGCACCAGCAAGUCUUCAGCACCAACCAAUUCUUCAGUGGGGUAAGAAUUCCAGACCCAGAGAGCAUGGAACCACUGGAAAUGAAAUUCCCCAAUAUUUCAUACUCUGCACUGGCUCUCAUGAAGGGCUGCCUUCGGAUGGACCCUGCGGAGAGGCAGAGCUGUGAGCAGCUGCUGCAGCACCCCUAUUUUGAGAGCUUUAGGGAGGCAGCAGAGCUGGGCAAAGAACAUGAAAAGAGCCCUCGGAAGCCAGCCAGGCUGACUCGGAAGCACGUGCCAGGGGUACAGCACCUGCCUCAGCUGACCUGCAGCAAUGUUCUCCCAGCUUUGGACAGCAAGAAGAACUGCUACAAGACAAGGAAAUCAAAGUACCACUUCCCAAACAUCUGACCAGGGGGCAGAUCAAAACUCAGGUUGUUCAAAAUCAUCCAGGAUUUAUAAAUGGAGGAUAAGCAGUGGAAAACUAAAUUACUAAAAGUUAUGGCAUGUACAGAGUGGGCUCUACUCUGGGUUACUGAUGGAGAGGAAGGAAUGCAGAACUCCAAUCUCAUCUCAGUGUUCUGUGUACAAAGGCAAAUACAUUUUAAAUUCCUAAUUGCCUCCUGGUUCAGGAUUACCCCAACCCAGUGAUUACAGUAUGAAAUUUCAAACUCUGGCCUGUCUGUCCCCUGCAUUUCAGACUGGGCAGGAGAACUCCACCUUGCCAAAUACACGAGUCCCUCCUGCUUUAGCCUGGCCCCAAGCCCCUGGUGGGAGGAGCUGUGUGGCCAAGUCCCUGCUGUGCUGCUGAAGGGGUGAAGAUGUGCUGGUGAGCUCAGAGCUGGUGACUGCUCAGGCUCCGCAGGCACCACGCCCAGGAGAACAGAGCAACAACAUCCCUGUUGUUUCUUUAGUCUUUCCAGAGCUGCUCCUGCAAGUUUAGUCCUUGAAUUCUGCUUCUGACAAGAGUGAGGGCACUUGCUUGUAGUUGCAAAAAUUAUUUUAUCAAAACUAAUCAUGAAUGUAAUUUAUAACAUUGGCCAGACACAGGCAGGAAUUCUGCCCAAGUGUUUGUAUUACAACUACUGGGGUUUGUGGAAUCUCAGAAUGUAAUAUUGUGUUGAUUUUGAAUAAAAGAAAUGUAGCUUCUUUUUCCAAUGUACUGGAAGUAUUUUACUAUAUAAAGCUUUACUAGUGGGCAAGAACAUCCUCUUUUUACUGAUACUUACAGCAGAAAUGUUUUGCCAGUACAUUUUGUGUUCCACAACAGUAAAAGCCCUUUAAGUGAGACAGAUGCCAUGGCCUGUGUGUGCCUGUUGGCCUUCUGUUUCCUUACACAUGGAAAACCAUCUCUGAGACAGCACUGCAAAUCUGACUGCUUGGAGUCACUGCCUUCUGCCCUCCACCACCCCCAAAACCAGGGAUUUGACUGAAAAUGCCGUGUUCUCCCCCAGCAUGAGCUGUUCCCUCUGUGCUGGCACUGCUGAGGCCCCACCUCCAGUCCUGGGGGCAGUUUCGAGUCACAAGAAAGGCAUUGAGGGGCUGGAGCCCCAGGAGGGAUUGAGGGAGCUGGGAAAGGGCUGAAGAAUUCCUGAGGGAGCUGGGAAGGGGCUGGAGAAUUGCUGAGGGAGCUGGGAAAGGGCUGGAGAAUUGCUGAGGGAGCUGGGAAGGGGCUGGAGAAUUGCUGAGGGAGCUGGGAAGGAGCUGGAGAAUUCCUGAGGGAGCUGGGAAGGGGCUGAGCCUGGAGCAAAGGAGGCUCAGGGGGCCCUUGUGGCUCUGCACAAGUCCCUGGCAGGAGGGGACAGCCGGGGGGGUCGGGCUCUGCUGGCAGGGAACAGGGACAGGAGGAGAGGGAACAGCCUCAGGCUGGGCCAGGGGAGGUUUAGAUUGGAUAUUUGGGAAAAUUCCUUCCUGGAAAGGUUUGUCCAGCCCUGGCACAGCUGCCCAGGACAGGGCUGGAGUCACCAUUCCUGGAGGGAUUUAAAAGCUGUGUGGAUGUGACACUGGGGGACACAGCUCAGAGGUGGCCUUGGCAGUGCUGGGGAACAGCUGGGGACUCCCACGAUCUCAGAGGACUUUUCCAACCUCAACAAUUCUCAAUGACUUUUAUUUAUCAGGAGGGAUGAAGAUGCAACUCCAGAGCUGCACAG